CAGCAUUCAGUCGUUGCUAACAACAAAAUCAGUUACUUUGUGCUGUAAUAAGUGGCUGUACCUGUUCGAGGAUGAGCUCGGGUUCAACGUGUGCUGUUGUCGGCUGCCACAAUAAUUCAAGAAAAUUGAAAAACGCGUUAGAAACAUUUUGCCUUGAGCAUCAACAACUUAGAAAGGCCAGUCCAUGCCCACCGCCCUACGCACUGCACUCUAUGCCGCGGAAGGAGGAUGGGAAACUAGCGUGGCUGGCAGCUUUAAGACUCAAACACCCUCCAAAGAGAGUUUAUGUUUGCUCCUUUCAUUUUAUCGAUAAAAAGCCCACAGAGCUACACCCCGACCCGGAGCUUUAUCUGGGCUAUGACCGACCCCCACCAAAGAAAAGAAGAAAGCUCACUCGGACCACUUUGAGUGUGACAGCUUCCAGUAAUACGAACAAAAACACAGAAUCUGUACCCGAUUCCACAGUGUUACGUUCAGUGGAAUUAGACCAGGCCAGCAUCUCCACACAACCCCCUGAGCCACAUCUGCACUCAGUCCACACACAGUGGGAGGAUCCUUCGCAACAAGACCAUCAAUACUGCAACAGGUCUCGCAGAAAAGAUGUGCAGGAUAAGAUGACUGAGUGUGAUGAAGUUGCAUAUUUCAUUCUUCAAAAUGAUGCAGAUGCUUUUCUGUACACUGGGAUAGCCUUAGAACAUUUAACACACUUGUGUCGACACUGGAAGGAUAUGACAACAAUGAAUUUACAAUGCCUGUCCGAGAUCAAGUCCUUAUGACACUUAUGAAACUAAAGAGUAACCGUGUAAUAGGUGACUUAAGCCGCCAGUUUCAUAUAUCACAAAGCAUGGCCAGCAAGAUCAUCUCACACUGGUUAGACAAGCUGGAGGAAGUUCUCCGACCAUUAAUUCAAUGGCUGCCAAAAGAAACUAUUCAAGUAACUAUGCCUGAAGCCUUCAAGAAGAACUUUCCAAAUACUACAUGCAUUAUAGACUGCAGUG